UACGCUUGCAUGUUUAAUGAAAUCUGGCAAGGCCUUUAGAGCUUUUGGCGGGUUAAUCUUAUUGUUAGUGUUUCUCGUGUUAAAAUUUUGAUAAAACAUAAUAAUGGGAGAUAAAGACGGUGAAACUUUCGAUGAUGCUGUGGAAGAAAGAGUUAUCAAUGAAGAAUAUAAAAUAUGGAAAAAAAACACCCCAUUUUUAUAUGACCUUGUGAUGACACAUGCUUUGGAAUGGCCAUCCUUAACCGCUCAAUGGCUACCAGAUGUAACUAGGCCAGAAGGAAAAGAUUAUUCUGUACACCGCCUUAUUUUGGGCACUCAUACCUCGGACGAACAAAAUCAUUUGCUCAUAGCUAGUGUACAAUUACCAAACGAAGAUGCUCAAUUUGAUGCAUCUCAUUAUGACAAUGAAAAAGGAGAAUUUGGAGGAUUUGGUUCUGUUAGUGGAAAGAUAGAAAUUGAAAUAAAAAUAAAUCACGAGGGGGAGGUAAAUAGAGCACGAUAUAUGCCACAGAAUCCAUGUGUAAUUGCAACCAAAACACCAUCCAGUGAUGUUCUUGUGUUUGAUUAUACAAAACACCCAAGUAAACCAGAUCCCAAUGGUGAAUGUCAACCUGAUCUAAGAUUAAGAGGACACCAAAAAGAAGGUUAUGGCUUAUCAUGGAAUCCAAAUUUAAAUGGAUAUUUACUCAGUGCAUCUGAUGAUCAUACAAUUUGUUUAUGGGAUAUUAAUGCUCCUCCUAAAGAAAAUCGCGUCAUAGAUGCAAAAACAAUUUUUACAGGACAUACUGCUGUUGUUGAGGAUGUAGCUUGGCAUCUGUUGCACGAAUCUUUGUUUGGAUCUGUUGCAGAUGAUCAGAAGUUAAUGAUUUGGGACACAAGAUGUAAUAAUACUAGCAAACCAAGUCAUACGGUUGAUGCUCACACUGCUGAAGUGAAUUGUUUGAGUUUUAAUCCAUAUUCAGAGUUUAUUCUUGCAACUGGUAGCGCCGAUAAAACUGUAGCGCUUUGGGACUUGAGAAAUCUUAAACUGAAAUUGCAUUCUUUCGAAUCCCACAAAGAUGAGAUCUUUCAAGUUCAGUGGUCACCGCAUAAUGAGACAAUAUUAGCCAGUAGCGGCACAGAUAGACGUUUACAUGUAUGGGAUCUUAGUAAAAUUGGCGAGGAACAGUCAAGUGAAGAUGCUGAAGACGGACCACCCGAAUUACUGUUCAUUCAUGGUGGUCAUACGGCAAAAAUCAGUGACUUUUCGUGGAAUCCGAAUGAACCAUGGGUCAUAUGCUCUGUAUCAGAGGACAAUAUAAUGCAGGUAUGGCAAAUGGCAGAAAAUAUUUACAACGACGAAGAGCCAGACACACCAGCGAGUGAAUUGGAAGCUGGCGCAUCAUAAAAUGUAUAAGGAAAGUAAUUAAUUAAAUUAUUUGAUACUGAAAUUUUCUAACGGCAUACGCGUACUCGCGUAUAUACACGUGUGUGUGUGUGUGUGUGUUUACGCGAAACCAAUGAUCCCAAUUAGGAUUGAGAAGAAGAUAUUGAAACGAAUUUGUAUGUUUAAAUGAAGAAAGAUCAACGAGAAGCAAUAAUACCUAUUUUUACUACCGAUCUUAUGUCCGCUUACAUACACAUAUAUUAGUUAUACAUGCAUCUCCACAAAUAAUUAAACAAGUGUCACAUAUGAACUUUCGAUGUUUCUUAGAA